AUGGCCCCGCGGCUGCCCCUCGCUGCGGCGCUCCGGGCCCGGCUGCGGGACCGCAGCUCUCCCCCAGCCCCACGGCUGCUGCCCGGCCCCGGCUGCGCACCGCAGCUCUCCCCCACCCCCACGGCUGCUGCCCUGCCCCGGCUGCGCACCGCAGCUCUCCCCCACCCCCGCGGCUGCUGCCCUGCCCCGGCUGCGGGACCGCAGCUCUCCCCCACCCCCGCGGCUGCUGCCCUGCCCCGGCUGCGCACCGCAGUUCUCCCCCACCCCAUCCCCGCGGCUGCUGCCCUGCCCCGGCUGCGGGACCGCAGCUCUCCCCCAGCCCCUUCCCGCUGGCUGCUGCCCUGCCCCGGCUGCGGGACCGCAGCUCUCCCCCACCCUGCUCCCCGCGGCUGCUGCCCGGCCCCGGCUGCGGACCGCAGCUCUCCCCCAGCCCCUUCCCGCUGGCUGCUGCCCUGCCCCGGCUGCGCACCGCAGCUCUCCCCCACCCUGCUCCCCGCGGCUGCUGCCCGGCCCCGGCUGCGCACCGCAGCUCUCCCCCAGCCCCUUCCCGCUGGCUGCUGCCCGGCCCCGGCUGCGCACCGCAGCUCUCCCCCAGCCCCUUCCCGCUGGCUGCUGCCCGGCCCCGGCUGCGCACCGCAGCUCUCCCCCAGCCCCACGGCUGCUGCCCGGCCCCGGCUGCGCACCGCAGCUCUCCCCCAGCCCCACCGCUGCUGCCCGGCCCCGGCUGCGCACCGCAGCUCUCCCCCAGCCCCUUCCCGCUGGCUGCUGCCCGGCCCCGGCUGCGCACCGCAGCUCUCCCCCAGCCCCUUCCCGCCGGCUGCUGCCCUGCCCCGGCUGCGCACCGCAGCUCUCCCCCACCCCCACCCCGCUCCCCGCCGGCGCCGCUCCGGGCACGCCGCGGCCCAGCUGCCUGCCCCCGCCUCGGCCUCCCGUAGAGCCGCGGCCGCCCGAGGUGCGUCCCCGCACGGCACAGGUGGCUACGCAAGGCCGCGGCUGCGGCGCGGCCUGCCCGAGCCUUGCUCCGCUCUUACCCGGCGGAUGCGGUGA